GAAGACGAUUAACAGAAUAUAUAUAUAUAUAUAUAUCAAUAAAGAAUUCUAUCCUUGAUAAGGUCGUUGGCAGCAGUAGUACUUGUUGGUAUAAUUACUCUUGCACCAGUACUUGCAGGUGUUGUAUCCGAGCACGGGUCUUUGGUCGUAGAAGCUGUAACCAGGCACAAGACCAGGGUAAUGAGCGGUGUUGAAGGAUCCAGCGCCGUGGAUACCAGAGCCUACGAGACCUGCGCCAUGGAUGCCAGAGCCUACGAGACCUGCGCCAUGGAUGCCAGAGCCUACGCCAUGAACACUACCUCCGUGGACACCGCCGUGACUACCAACAAGGACGCCUCCAUGGACGCUUCCGUGGACACCAGGUCUGUGUCCGCCAAUACCAUACGUGCUGUGUCCAGCAACUGCUGCCACGAGACACAGAGCCACGAGGAGGGAGGUCACUGCCACGUUACGAACCAUACUGAAAAGAAAAGAAAUCUGCGUUAA